AUGGGCAAAGCUUCCCGGUGGUUCAGAAAUCUCCUCGGUCUCAAAACCACCGAUCCCAGCCGCUGCCUUCCUCGCCGGCCCCCGGCCAAGAAGAGGUGGAGCUUCGCCAAGUCCGAUAGGGAGAUAGACCGUGAAUCCCGCGGCGGAGACGACGGUUCCGACGCCGGAAAGAAAGCAAUCGCUGUGGCCGCCGCCACCGCAGCUGUCGCCGAGGCAGCCGUUGCAGCCGCUCAGGCUGCGGCCGCCGUGGUCCACCUCACGAGCAGUGGCACGAACAUCUCGAAGGCGAGGCCUGGCCGCGCCGCGCGCGCCCAGGCUCAUGUUAGCAGGCGUGGCGCACGUUACGGGAGGCGUGAUGAGGAGUGGGCUGCCGUUAUCGUGCAGUCUCAUUUUCGUGCCUAUCUGUCACGAAGAGCUUUACGGGCACUUAAAGCAUUGGUCAAGAUUCAAGCAUUAGUGAGGGGUUAUCUAGUGAGGAAGCAAACUGCAUAUGCUCUUAGACGGCUGCAAGUGCUCGUGCGAGCACAAGCUCGAGCUCGAGCAGGACGAUUUUUGUACUAUGAAUCUCCACAAUCGAGCAUGAAAUCAUCGAACUUCAAUUAUCAGGGGCCACCAACUCCCGAAAAAUCAGAACGUGCUGUUACACGUGCUAGAAGCAUGAAACAAGAACUCUCGAAUUUAUUCCCAAAAACGCAGAAAAACAGCUCGGUUUCAAACAGCAGCACCCGUUUAGACAGCCGAAUGAGCGAAAAGUCAUAUCGCCAAACAGACAUUGACAAAUUCGAUAAAAUUCUCGAAGUCGACAGCUGGAACCCACAUGUCACCUCGAGAAACCGAACCCUCUCUCACUCUUCCUAUCUCGACCGACACCCUACGGUGUCAAAGGACUCCACGGCCCGUUGCCAGUCAGCCCUGAGCACGUCGUCCUGCGAAGCCCAAUCCUCGGGCCUAAGGCCCAGGAAGCAAGACACAGGCGAAAGCACUUUCUGCACGGCCGAAAACAGCCCGACUUUCUACUCGGCAGCAUCUUCGAGAAAAGGAGGUUUUACAACCACAGAAAGUGAUGGCUCGAGAAGCUGUCUUAGUAAUUAUUCUGAUUUUCCAAGUUAUAUGGCUUGUACAGAGUCUUCUAAAGCUAAAGCAAGGUCGCUUAGUGCACCCAAACAGAGACCUCAGUUUGAGAGGUCGAGUUCGACUAAAAGAUACUCGAUUCAUGGGUUUGGUGAUUUGAGGUCGGGUCAUAGAGUGUCUGGUUUGCAAGCUGAUUUCACGAGCAAGGGUUAUCCGGGGUCUGGGAGGUUGGACCGGCUUGGGGUGCCUGUUAGAGGGGAUGUUAGUGGAUUUAGUGAUGGUAAUUGGUAUAGGUAUUAA